ACCAAGUAUAAGCGCCAGCCGCAUGUCCGCCCACGAGUGUUGGGACAACGGUAAACCCAAGUGGAAGAAAACAGACUCCGAGAAGAAUCGGGGCAUCCACGCAACAGGAGGGGGCACUGGUAUCGCACCCGCUGAACAAUGGGCCCGUCCCUCCAUCUUGUGGGGGCACUGGUGCCCCACAUGGCAAUGCGGCUGCCAAGCCCGUACAACAGUGGCAGCGCCCGCGCUGGUUGGCCGGUGCUCUCAAUGCUGCCAGCCGCCUUUCCCGAAGCCACAGUGGACGAGCAUGACGACUGGCAUGAUGCCUGAUUCACCUGCCUCACCGCUGCUGGACUGGGGUGGCAUCAUGGAGGUUGCGGUUGCUGCGUCACCAACCAAGCCCCACCUCCUCUACCUCCUCAGCCGCCACGUGUGAUUUUCCGAGUGAAGACAACU